AUGAUCCUCCAAUUGCAGCACGAUUCGCUGUUGCAGCUGGUGUCAGACGCAAUAAACGCCAAAUUAGGCGCCGGUCCUGUUGAGAUUGUCGAUCUGCUGUUUAAUCCAGACAAUCCGGUCAAACUGCCAAGACUAUCCAUCGCCCAGCUGGAAAUCUUCUCCACAAUGAAGUACACAGGGGUGGCACAGUUCUCCUUCCAGUGUUUGUUCCGGCUGUUGACGAAACUACAGUAUACCACAGCAGCCACAGUGGUGGUGCACGGGCUUUGGGACCAAUUGUCCCUGGUUUACUCGGAAAUCCUCACCACUCCAGAGCCGUCUUUGGCUGAUUUUGGCGAAUACAGGGUCUCGAUCAUUGUUCUCAUCCUAUACAAGUUGAAGAUGCUUGCGGAACAGAAAACUGUUGUUCUUAGCGAUAGUUCAGCAGUGGUGGAUCGACUAGGGGCAAUCUUUCUCUCGCAAACAGACCAACUGGCCGAUCUGAAACAGUUCAAAGUUUCCAAUCUGGUGUCUGCAGAACAGCUUGCGCGCCAAUACGGAGUCAGUAUCUCUGGAACGGCGGGCUCUGGACCUGAUACUGGCUCUGCUGCGGGUUGA